AUGGCAUCAAGGAGAAUAUCCCAAUUGGCCGGUGCCUUGCGCCAGACGCCAGCCGUCGUCCGUCCCCAGAGCUGUCGCUGCUUCUCGUCCAUACGCACCGCCAGCAGACCAGCCUCCCUCGCCUCUACUUCGUCUCUCUACCGUCUUGACUCGCUGCGGUCACAAUAUGUCCUCCCUCGAUCUAUCGGCCAGAUACGCACAUACGCCGAUGCCAUGGUAAAGGUGCCCCAGAUGGCCGAGUCUAUCUCAGAGGGAACCCUCAAGCAGUUCUCCAAGGAGAUCGGUGACUACGUCGAGCAGGACGAGGAGCUGGCCACCAUUGAAACCGACAAGAUCGACGUAACUGUCAAUGCUACCGAGGCUGGUAUCAUCCGUGAAUUCCUCGCUGCCGAAGAAGACACCGUCACCGUCGGCCAGGAUCUCGUCCGCCUCGAGCUCGGUGCCGCUCCAGAGGGCGCAAAGGCUGAGAAGGCCGAGAAGCCUGCUGAAUCCGAACAGCCCAAGGAGGAGUCCAAGCCAGAGCAGCCCAAGGAACAGCCGAAGAAGGAGGAGGCUCCUGCUCCUACGUCUACUCCGGCCAAGUCUGAGUCUGCUCCAGCACCGUCCGCCUCCAAGAAGGAGAAGGCCGCUGCUCCAGAGCCUGCUGCUGCCAAAGCCACUCCCGGAAACAGAGAUGAGCGCAGGGUGAAAAUGAACCGCAUGCGCCUGCGUAUUGCCGAGCGUCUCAAGCAGUCCCAGAACACCGCCGCCUCCCUCACCACCUUCAACGAAGUCGACAUGUCCUCGCUCAUGGAAUUCCGCAAGCUCUACAAGGAUGACAUCCUCAAGAAGACGGGCGUUAAGCUCGGAUUCAUGAGCGCCUUCUCCCGCGCCUGCGUGCUCGCCAUGAAGGACGUGCCCGCCGUCAAUGCCUCCAUCGAGGGCCCCAACGGUGGUGACACCAUCGUCUACCGGGACUACGUCGAUAUCAGUGUUGCCGUCGCCACUGAGAAGGGUCUGGUCACCCCCGUCGUCCGCAACGUCGAGACCAUGGGGCUCGCCCGCGACAACAAGUUGACCAUUGAGGAUAUGGCCGGCGGUACUUUCACUAUCAGCAACGGAGGUGUCUUUGGCUCUCUCAUGGGAACUCCCAUCAUCAACCUGCCACAGACCGGUGUCCUCGGCCUACACGCCAUCAAGGACAAGCCCGUCGUCGUCAACGGCAAGAUCGAAAUCAGACCCACUCCCUCGACGGAAGGGAGGCCGUCACCUUCUUGGUCAAGGUCAAAGAAUACAUCGAAGACCCUCGCCGCAUGCUCCUCGGCUAAACCGAGACCAUCCUUCACACCUCUACCCUCACCCAACCCAUCCUCCCGUGCAUAUCAUCAUCCUAUAUCCACCGACUUCAACCUGUAA